AUGUCUUCCUCCAGACAAUUCACCUCCUCUCUCUACUUUCUAACUCUGACUCUACUUCUCCAAAAUGUUCUUGGAAUUGACCCUCUCUUCAAUAGUUGUUCAAGCAACGAGAAUUCCACUGCUAAUUAUGGCUCUUAUAAAACAAGCUUGAACGUUCUCAUGGGGUCUUUCUACCAUCUUGCUUCAGCCAAUGAAGGUUUUGCUCUAGGUUCUCUAGGUCAGAACAACCAAGAUCGACCAUAUGGGCUCGUUCUUUGUAGAGGAGAUGUCUCAUACUCAGAUUGCAGAACCUUUGUUGCUAAUGCAACUAGGGAGAUCCACAAGCUCUGUCCAGAUAGCAAAGCUGCAAUCUUAGCUUACGAUAACUGUCUGUUGAAGUAUUCAAACAAGGACUUCUUCGGCUAG